AUGAACAGGAUACCCACGGUGGACGCCCUUUGCAGCAGAGGUAUGACGAUUAUUGAUGAUAUUUGCUGCCUUUGCGAGGAAGAUCUCGAGUCCGUCUCCCAUAUUUUUUCUGCUUGUCCGAUCUCUGUGGGGGUGUGGGAAAAGGUUAGUUUUUGGUGCCGGAUCCCGAGGUUUUUCAUUUUUUCGUUUAGAGACUUAGUUGAGCUGCAUAGUGUGGGGGAUAGGGAAAAGGCGGACCGUGAGGCGUUGCACGGUGUUGUGCUUACGACGUGUUGGGUGUUAUGGAAGGCUAGAAACAAGUUGAGAUUCAAUGGUAUUAGAAGUAGUGUUGAGGAGAUUUUUAGCGAGGUUAGAGUUGUUAGUUUUUUUUGGUUUAAACAUAGAGCGAAGAAAGGGAAGUUUGAGUGGGAAGAUUUGUGUAAAUUUGUGAAUAUGUAA